AUGCUACUUCUUAGGAAGAAACACAAACCUUCUUUCAAGUGUUCUUCCUCUUUUCUCAAAUCUAACUUAUCUAUUGCUCCUUCACAAAAACAAAAGAAAAAUGGCCUCAGAAAAUUCAAACUUUUUUGAGAAAACUAAACACCACAUUGCUAUGAUAUGUUUACAAUUUGGCUAUGCUGGUAUGAAUAUUAUCACUAAAGUUUCACUCAACCAAGGCAUGAGUCACUAUGUCCUUGUUGUCUAUCGCCACGCUUUUGCAACUGCUUCAAUAGUUCCAUUUGCAUUUAUACUUGAAAGGAAAGGUCAGCCAAAGAUAACAUUCAGAAUCUUCAUGAUACUUUUUAUCCUAGCUCUACUUGGGCCAGUGGUUGAUCAAAAUUUCUAUUAUGCUGGAUUGAAGCUCACAUCCCCAACCUUCGCAUGUGCAAUGAGUAACGUGCUUCCAGCCAUGACUUUUGUGAUGGCAGUUUUAUGCAGGAUGGAGAAGUUAAACAUAAAGAAGUUGAGUUGUCAAGCAAAGGUAUUUGGAACACUAUUGACAGUGGCAGGUGCAAUGUCGAUGACAUUAUACAAAGGUCCUAUAAUGGAGUUGCUAUGGGCCAGACAUAGACAUCCUCAAAAUGAAACACAAACAACAACCACCACAGGAUCCUCUGAAAGAGAUUGGAUUCUAGGAUGCACUUUCCUUAUCAUUGCCACAUUUGCUUGGGCUUGUCUCUUUGUUUUGCAAACAAAAGCUCUAGAGACGUACAAGGAUCAUCAGUUCAGCCUUACUACACUUAUGUGUUUCAUUGGAACUAUUCAAGCUGCUGCUGUUACUUUUGUGGCUGAGCAUGAUCCUUCUGUUUGGAGGAUUGGUUGGGAUAUGAGUUUACUUGCUGCUGCCUAUGCUGGGAUUGUGACCUCAAGCCUAACAUACUAUGUGCAAGGGCUGGUGAUUAGGAAGAAAGGACCUGUCUUUGCAACUGCCUUUAGUCCACUUAUGAUGAUCAUAGUUGCCAUCAUGGGCUCCUUUAUCCUUGCAGAACAAAUUUAUCUUGGAGGUGUGAUUGGUGCCAUCUUGAUUGUUAUAGGCUUAUACUCUGUUCUAUGGGGAAAGCACAAGGAACAAAAUGAGAAAAAAGUUGAAGAUGAUAUUCCUUUGCCUAUAAAAGGUGCUCAAAUGAGUGGAAAUUUAGGGGCAGUGAUUGAUGACACAGAUCAAGUAAAAUAUGGUCAAAUUGGAGAUACUAACAACAUGCUUUCAUCAGUUGCAAUAAGCAUGCCUACUAGAGACUCUACUAAUAAUGUUAACCAACAAACAAAUGCUUGAAAAAUAUGGAAUAUGUCAUUUACUUCAUCACCCCCCCAUUUUGUCCCUUUUUAACAAAUUUUCCUCACCCCCGCCCCCUUUUUAUUUGAGCAAAUAUAUAUAAUUUUGUAACAAGUUCCAACUAAUCCAUGUAGAAAAGGGAAUCAUAAAGUUUUUCUAUCUUUA